AUGAACCGAAAAGGACGUGAUCAUGAAGGUUAUGUUGUUGGUGGUAUCCAACAACCACGAGCAACUGGUUUUACAGAAAAUAACAAAGUAUUUAAUCCAUUAGACAGUUAUGGUGAUGAACGUAUUACUCAUUAUAAACUUGAUCCAUAUCAAGUCAGAAGCUUACGAGCACGUGAUCCAUUUUUUGACGAUACAACACAUGACAAUAGAGAACAUUUACAAAAGACAGGUGAUCUAUUUUAA